CCACAAACAAUAACUCAAAACAUGGUUCUCACACGUAUCUCUUUAGUUCUUUUGCUCUGCCUCUUAGGUUUCUACUCUGAAACCGUUAGGUCUCAGAAUUGCGGUUGCGCCCCAAACGUCUGUUGCAGUCAGUAUGGUUACUGCGGUACCACUGAUGCUUACUGUGGUGCCGGGUGCAGAUCAGGUCCUUGUAGAGGCAGUGGUGGAUCUGUCGGUAGUAUUGUGACACAAGGUUUCUUUAACGGCAUUAUCAACCAAGCCGGUAAUGGCUGCGCCGGAAAAAGAUUUUACACCCGCGACUCUUUCAUCAACGCCGCUAAUACUUUCCCCAGCUUUGCGAAUUCCGUUACUAGACGUGAAAUUGCUACCAUGUUUGCUCAUUUCACUCACGAAACUGGACACUUCUGCUAUAUCGAAGAAAUAAAUGGUGCGUCACGUGACUACUGCGACAAGAACAACAGGCAAUACCCAUGUGCACCGGGCAAAACCUACUACGGUCGUGGUCCGAUCCAACUAUCAUGGAACUACAACUACGGACCUUGUGGUCGGAGUCUCGGUCUCGACCUUCUACGCCAGCCCGAGCUUGUGAGUAGCAAUCCAACUGUGGCUUUCAGGACGGGUCUAUGGUUUUGGAUGAACAGGGUAAGACCGGUGCUGAACCAAGGAUUUGGAGCCACCAUUAGAGCCAUCAAUGGAAUGGAGUGUAACGGUGGGAACUCGGGUGCGGUCAAUGCAAGGAUUAGAUACUAUAGAGACUAUUGUGGACAGCUUGGUGUGGAUCCUGGUCCUAACCUUAGCUGCUAAAUAGCUCUUUAAACACAUACGCACACACACGUAAUAUGGCACGUGACGUGGGAAGUUGCUGCUACUAAAAUAAAUAGUGAGAUAAUAAAGUUGAAGUUAAAUCUCACGUAUGUACUAGUACUUUGUGUUUGGUUUCAAUGUUCCCUGUUUCAGAAGCAAAAGUUGUUUGUAAUAAUCUUGUGAAACUGAUUUUCCUUUUCUUGUGUAUCGUUUUGGGAAAGUGAAGUUGAGAGUAA